UGCUGGGACGGCGGUGAGGAGAAUGUAGCGAAGCGAUUCCCUGGCUUAAUCAGAAUGAUAUCGCAGCGAGAAAGAGGGGAACUCGCGCGAUUUUAUACUGUUACAGACCCCAAGAAACACAAGAAGGGAUACACCGUGUACAAAGUGACCGCCAGGAUCAUCUCUAGGAAGAACCCGGAGGAUGUGCAAGAGAUCACCGUGUGGAAGAGGUACAGCGACUUCCGCAGGCUGCACCGUGACCUCUGGCAGAUCCACAAGAACCUGUACCAGCAGUCAGAGCUUUUUCCUCCCUUUGCCAAGGCCAAGGUGUUCGGGCGUUUUGACGACUCUGUCAUCGAAGAGAGGCGCCAGUGCUCCGAGGACCUACUGCAAUUCUCCGCUAACAUCCCUGCCCUCUACAGCAGCCAGUACAUAGAGGACUUCUUCAAGGGAGGGGAGGUCCACGACGGCUCAGAGCUCAUCGGACCUGCGGAGCCCUUCUCGGAUUUCCUAGCUGACAGCCUCUCUGACUGCAGCUCUGAAGUUCCAAAAGACAUUGGAGGAGUGGAUGAUUUGACGUUUGCCAGUCAAUCAGAGUAUGGAGGGCUGUCCAGUGACAGUGAUCUGACCUCCCUGCGGGUGGACACGGACUCCCUAGCCGACGUGGAUGAUGGAAUGGCCUCAGGCGGGGAGUCGCCAAACAAGCCUCCCAGGGGCAGCUCCUCCCCACUCAUCGCGUGGGAUGAAAGCAGCCCAUCCCUGGGCCGUGACACAGAGGCAGCCAGCAGGGCGGCGAUCUUCUCCGGAGGCCUGAGGCAGCGUGUGGGCAAGAGGGACUACCUGGAGAGGGCAAGCGAGCAAAUCCGACUGGCGGUGCAGAAGGAGGCUGAGCACGACUACCAGGCAGCCUUUUCCUUCUACAGGAGUGGUGUUGACCUCCUCCUGCAGGGAGUGCAAGGGGAACACAGUCCCACCAGGAGAGAGGCUGUGAAGAGGAAGACUGCCGAGUACCUGAUGCGUGCCGAGCAGAUCUCCAGCCAGCACCUGAAGGACAGCGUGGCGCAGUGUUUGCUGCAGAAUGCCCCGGGGGUUCUGGGUUCAAGGACCUCCUGGAACCAGCGGAGCCCCACAGAGGAGCUGAAGGCCUUCAGAGUCCUGGGGGUGAUCGACAAGGUUUUACUGGUUAUGGACAAAAGAACGCAAGAAACUUUCAUUCUCAAAGGGCUGAGGAAAAGCAGCGAGUGCGGCAGGAACAAAAAGACCAUCAUCCCCCACUGCGUGCCCAACAUGGUGCGUCUGCACAAGUACAUCGUCUCCGAGGACGCCGUUUUUCUCUUGCUCCAGCACGCCGAAGGUGGCAAGCUGUGGUCCCACCUCAGCAAGUUCCUCAACAGGAGCCCAGAAGACAGCUUUGACAUCCCCUUCAUCCAAAAGUCUCACACGGCAGCUGUGCACACUGUCGAGGGCCCAGGCCUCCAUGAGGAUACUGCCAGCAGUGUGGAAUCCUGCCCAGUCCAGAUACCUGUGCUGGGAGCCCUUCCGCUGAAGAACAGCCUGACGCCCAGCUCCCUGGAUGACAGCAGCACCCAGGACGAGGAGGGUGGCGACACCUCUCAUGAUGCCCUGUUGGACUCAGGAGCCACUUCUGAGGAGGAGUGCACCAACAGUUAUCUGACCCUCUGCAAUGAGUAUGAGCAGGAGAAGAUUGAGCCCGACUCGCUGCAGGAGGGGCAAGUCCUGAAGAUGGAGGAGCCCUGCGCGGCCACUGCCGAUGGGCCCUCCCCCAGGGAUCACCCUCUGCUCAGCAACGACAGCCUCUGCUCCCCUAUGGCCCAGGAGCUCAGGUUUUUCACUGAGGACGACCAGGGAGAAGUCUUCAGCUCUGCUUGCUUGCCUGUGGAUUCACUGGAUGAGUCCAAAAAGACGCCCAUGGAGUUCUUCCGCAUCGACAGCAAAGACAGCAAUAGCGAUGUUCUGGGCCUGGAGGUGGGAGACAGGCCAAAGUUCGAGCCCUCCAAGCCGUUUCACGCAACUUCAGAGCUGGAGGAUGUGACGGAACGUUUUGGGAAUGUCAAAGUGCGUCAGACUGACCUGUGGGCCUUUGACAGUGACAGAGGCUCCAACGAGUCUGUUCCUGUCAUCUCCUUCAAAGAGGCUCUUGCGGAAGACACGGGGAGCUGUGACGAAGGUCAGCCGCCUGAUCUCCUGGUCAACUUACCCGGUGUGGCGGAUGUUUUGUCGGAAGAGCUCUCGUCCACUGGGCCCUCCUUGACUGCUGAGGUCAGGGCCUCUCCAACGUUAGGCAAGCCAGAUGUCCUGCAGCUGCACUACGACUUGGGGGACGAUGCAGCUCUUGCGCUGUCUGCUGAGGAGGAUGACCUGCUCUCACUUUGUGCCAAUCCUGGUCGCUCGGGGGACAGAAGUGCCCGUGGUCCUUCUUUCAGUGGCUCGCCACACUCCGACCGCCACUUGUCAGUAGGCAUGGAGGUGAGCGAGGCCCAGAUUGUGGUCUCACAGGAACUUCCUGCCAUUCCAGUAAGUUUACAUACAGCAUCCACUUCCAGACUUUCAUCUGCUGAUGUGAGCGAACUGUCCGUGAAGCCGAAAACAGGUUCGGACCAGGCACCUGCCCAAGCUGUGCAUGGGGAACACGUCUCAGAGGAGAUAGACAGACCAGACAACAACGUCUCUCAGCUCUUCAAGAAUCUUGAUGAACUGCUACUCAUGGCUCCCAAGGUCCACGUGCCUGAAGAGUAUGUUCAACGUUGGGCCGUGGAGAUAAUCGUAGCCCUUGAUGCUCUCCACCAGGAAGGUAUUAUCUGCCGGGAUUUAAACCCAAACAACAUCUUGCUGGACGACAGAGGACAUAUCCAGCUUACGUACUUCUGCAGCUGGAGUGAAGUGGAGGAUUCCUGCAACAGGGAAGCCAUCACUGCAAUGUAUUGUGCCCCAGAAGUUGGAAGUAUAUCUGAGGAGACGGAUGCAUGCGACUGGUGGAGCCUGGGUGCCGUACUGUUUGAACUGCUCACUGGGAAGACGCUUCGUCAGUGCCAUCCUGCUGGAAUCAGUCGACACACGAUGCUAAAUGUGCCAGACUUUGUGUCCGAAGAGGCCAAGUCCUUGUUACAGCAGCUGCUGCAGUUCAACCCGGUUGAGAGACUUGGUGCAGGAGUAGCGGGUGUGGAGGACAUUAAGUCCCACCCCUUCUUUGCGAGAGUCUGCUGGCCGAAGUAGCCAGUAUCGGCAGACCUCCAGCUCCGUUCCUGUCCAUCCAACACCCGGCAGCUACAGGCCCAGCCAUGGAGGACAGGGCUUCCGGGCAGCACUUGGGACAAAGGGACGUCUGCGUCUGUCACACUUCACGUCCUGCACACACACCUCACAGUUUUGCCUUCAUGCACUAAACGAAUUGUACAUACUUGGUCUUCUCUUUGCAUUGAUUUUUCUUUUUAGACCUAUUUAAUUUUAUAACAUGUCACUGACAUACAACUUCAGUAUUCAGUAUCUAACCAUGGCCUGGACCUCUUACAAAAAACACUAGCAUCUUUUUUUAUAUAGUUUUAUAUUGUAAUUCUUUUGUCCCUAGGGUGAGCAAAGUUUAAAUGGAAGACCUUCAUAGAAUUUCAAGAUGCUUGGUGUUCUGUAUGGUUUACAAAGUGUGUAGGUUUUACUUUUUUCGCUUGUGUUCAAGCGAGACCCCCACACGUGAGCACAAGCAUACAGAGAUGGAAGAAAUGGACCUACAUAACAUAUCAUUGAUUUAUGGACAGUGUUGUUUGUGCUGUUGUUAGGUGCUUGUCACAUUGUGUCUCCAUGUUUUUCUUUGCCAAUAUUUGUACAUUUGUAAAGCCGUGUCAAGAGACACCAUGUAACACAAAUUGACUUUUGCACUUGUGGAUAUGGUAAGAUUUAUUUCUCCAUUCAAAGCAACAUAUUUAUUCCAGAAUUUAGGAUAAAAGAAUUCAUUGAAAUUAAUUUAGAACCCAAAACAUCUAAUGAUAAACCUGUGUCUGCAUGAACACUCACUGUUGAACAAUAACCCUAGUCUUGGCUGACCAGAAACUUAAAACAAAACAAAAUGAAUUCUGAUAUUUCCUGAAAUAAAAGCUUCUUAAUGAGAUGUGCGCUGUAAAUAAUUGUUGUAAAAGGAACCUCCCAAACUCCAUUGAAAUCCAAAUGCACCAGAAACCUAUAAACAUUUCCAGAAAUCAGUUUUUUUUUUGCAUGCAUUUGUUUGUAACAAUUGUCCCUUUACCAGCCAUAGUUUAAUUACAUUCAGUAGAUAAUUCUACAUGUGCGUUUUAUUUCUGUGUUUAUCAUAAGGCAUCGAUGAUGCUAUUUAGAAUGUGACGAUCGGCAGUAAUUGUCCUGUUUGUCAUGUAUCCUCGUAAUAUCAGUGCAACAAGAUGACUUUCUAAACUAUAGCACCCUCUUUAUUCUGCUGACAGGAAAAUGCAAUAAUACUGUACAAUUAUAGAACAAUGAGUAGUGAUUGUGCUUCGGACCGCCCUGGAAAUGUAUGAAGUUGUUUGUCUCUAUAGGUUUUUAACACAGCGUUAGAGUGUGGUUGGGUGCUUCAUGGAUUGUAGCUUGACCUUUGUGAGAAGAGUCUCUUCCCUUGUUUACUCAGGGGACAUGAACAGGUACAGAUGUCUCAUUUGAAAGCUUAGAUUUUUAAACAAAGUUUUCUUGUAAUGCAUAUGUUUAUUAAAAGAACAUAAUUUGUUUACUUAGCUAUAAAUUGAAGUUAAUGAUAAAUAUCAGUUGGGCGUUUUAAAGAACACUUCACGUGAGCUGGAAUCAUAACGUUUGCAGUGCGUCCUAAUGCAAUAUGUCUAUUACUGUUCUUUGAGUUGAACUGUACUCAACCUCUAAAACAAUAAUGUCUGACAGCAUUUCCAGUUAAAUCACAUUCAAACAGUUUGGGCAAAAUUGUUUUUGGAAUACUUUCUGGGAAUAAGAAGUCCAGACAGCCUCACAGUAAUGUUUCAGGGUUUGUGUAAUUUAUUCUAAUUUUUGUAAUACCAAAUAAAACAAGUUGCACAUGUGCCAAUUUAGAUUACUCUUAUAAAGUGCUCAGGUAUUGUUCAGGUUUGUGGAUGGUGACUGCAGGGGGCAAAUUGUGCCCUCCAAAAAUGCGCAUAACUUCAGGAGCAGGUCACGUUUCUUUGAGAGUUGUGGUUAGUGCUGCUAGCUUGAUAGAAGUUAACCUACAUGUUCAGAUGGGUUUUGUUCCAUAUCAAAGUUCAGUUUUCCUUCUGUUCUCUAAAACUUAAUAUACUUCAAGAAUGAAAUGCUGAGAGACUCGAUAACUUGGCUUGAUAUAAUGCGCAGUUGUUUAUAACUCAGUCAAAGUUUGGACCCUGCUGGAUUCAGUGCACCUAAUGAUAAAUGGUUAGUCUGAUCUACCGCAGACUCAUAACAUGGUCAGAUAUACUGGACCCUAACAUGUGUAUUAUGUGAGACCUACAGUGUAAUAUUUCAGUGACAAACUACAGAUAGUACAGAGCUUUAACUCACUGUGCAGGAUAAAUGUGAUAAUCUCUUCUCAACUUAUGUCUUGUGUCAUACAGACUAUAUAACACAUGCUGUCAAACUGAGUGGUUUAUUAUUUUCCAUUUUGUCAGAUAGUUAAGAAGCAUUGGUAAAUCCCUGAUUUAAAAACUGGUACUUUAGGUGAAUAUUCUGUGUCUCUCUCUGUGAGUGGUGGUUCUUCAAGGACAAAGUUCUUAUUUUUCUUUUUGGCUUGUAAUCCAGUACAUGGCUCCUUUAGACAACAGUGAAUGUGAGUUGCACUGAAAAAGUUGUGUACAUGAAGAAAAAUGGGUUAGUUACUCCACUUAAGCCCUGUUCACAUGUCACUAUAAAAUAACAGGUCAAAGAAAUAACUUUGUCUUGUAUUUGUAACUGUACUAACUGCAUUGUAUGAACCUUUAAUGUUCGCACCACAUCUCAAUAAAGUCCUUAAUCGCUA